AUGAGAAAUAUUUUACUACUGUUACUAAAUCUAAAAGUUUUUGGCAGAAUAUUAAAAUCAAAUAGACGGGGGAAAAAUAACCAAAGCGAUUUACGAGGUCGCAAUAUAAUAACUAACAGUGAUACUAUACAUGAAGAUCCACACCAUGUAGAUUUUGAUUACAGAAGAAAAAGACAUGGCCAUGGUCAUAGAGAUCGCGGAGAACACCAUACAGGAACACUUAUACAUGUGAAAAAACGUGGCAGUCAUGGACAUCAUCGUAAACACGGUGGUCGUUUUUCGACUGUUGAAGAAGCUGUUAAAGAUGAUAUUAAAAAAUCAACCGGAAUUUCACGUGAAGAAGAUUUACCAAUUUCAACUAAAACAUUGGCACGAGAAGCGGGUAGAGGAAAUACUGAUGCAGUUAAACAAUUACAAAAUGAUGGAGUUUUGACUGAGCCUUUUGCCUCAGAUUUAAUUGAUGCACAAGAGAAAUCACCUUUAACCGGGCUAACACAAGACCAGGUAGAACAAAUUUUAGCAAAUACACCACAUACAUCGGCUCCUAUGAAAUAUUCAUCAAUGAAAGAAGUAAAACCAGGCGUGAAUCCAGCUCUUGAUAAAACAUUAAAAGCUCAAAAUUUUAUGAAAUGGCUAAGAAGCUUUUUACCAAAAGUUAAUAAAACAUCUGAUAAGAUACUAGAUAAAGCCAAUGAUAUUUUAUCUCAAGCACCCGAUGGUGAUAUAACUGCACCUUUUACAGAUCCAAAUGGAAAUGCAACUGGUAAAACAUACGGUGAGGAAGCACAGUCAUUUGUACAAAAUGCAGUACCAGCUGUAGAACGUGCUAUUGAUCAGUUGAUGGCGGCAGGACUAACACGAGCAGAAGCUGAAGAAAAAAUUGCAACAAAUGAACCCUUUACUCCAGAUUGCGAAUUAAAUGGUACAUGUCAUCCUUUGACAAAAGUUUAUGAUAAUAUUGAACAAUCACUGCUAAAUUCUAUUGCACCACCGCAUCUUCGCGCAACAAAUGAAUUUGAAUUUUUAGUUAAAAACGGAGUCAAUCCUGAAAAUGCAGCACAACUAGCACAAGGAGUCGAGCAAAGUGCUCAAAAUGAAAUACAACACAGAAUGGAUUUGGCUGAUGCAAUGAAAGAAAAUGCUAAGGUAGGAUUUGAGGCAGCAAAUCAUAAAGCGUUACAAAAAGAAAUUGAAGAUGAAAAAAAUGCUGAAAAAGCCAAAAUGAUUGAGACUAUGAAUAAUGAAGUCCGUAAACAACACACAUUCCCUUGGUUCCAUCCAAUACAUCUAAAUGAAGAAGAGUUGGGAUACUUAAGACAGCUAGGAAAUCAAUUAACACCACAAGAUAUUGGUCGCAGAAUGUAUGAAGCGUUUUCUAAAGCAGCAGAAACUGGUGGAACACAUGAGGAUGCUUUAGAUUCUGCUGCGCGCACAGGAUAUUUACUAUCUAACUUUAAUAAUGAGUUAAGGAAAGGCACACCUCCAGCAGUUGCCACUGAUAUAAUAAAUGAACGAGCGAAAAUUAAAGAUGCUGUUGAACAAAGAAGAUCAUUUGUGCAAAAUAAUGGGCCGGAAAUAGCACAUUUGGUGGCUGAAAAUACAAAGUUGAUUCAAAAAGCUGCUGCCAAUAUCGCAAAUAAUCCUGAAACCAAAGAUGACGUAAUGCAAGAGCUUGAUAAUUCAAUGAAAAUUCUUGCAGAUAAACAUGCCACUACUAUACACGAGCAGGCCAAUUCUGAAAAUAUUAAUAAACCAAGAAAAGCCGCUGCUGAUUUAAUUGAUGAGACUCAGAUUAUUAAUAACAAAAUUUUACACAUUGCGAAAAAAGCGCCUAUUGUAGCUAAGGAUAUAAUGAAAAAAGGAAUGGAUAAUGCUAGACAUACAGCCGAGGUCUUUAAUAAUACACUUGAAUAUGUUAAUACAGAGGAGAAAAGACAUAGUCCAAUACCGAAAUCAGCUUUAAGGCUUCUUAAUGAAGCUAAAAAAGAAGAACAACUUGACCAAAUAGCUAAAAAGAAUGCAGAGACAGAGAAACAACACAGAGAGGUACUUCUCAAAGAACAUCAAGAUGCUGAUGUUAUGGCUACAGAAGAAAGACUUGCUAAAAAUAAUAGAGCCAGGAAGAUUAGUGAGGCAGGAAUUAAAGCAGCGCAAUCUGUAUUGAAAACUGGAGGAACAAUAGAAGAAGCAAGAGCAGCUAAGGCGGCAGCUGAAAAAGCUAUAUUGCAAGAAAUUGAGAGUAGAGAAGCGCAAAUUCGUCAAGAUAUAAUGAGAUCACUUAACAGUGGAGUUGAUUCGAAAAAAGCAGCGCAAAUUGCAGCACACGUAGCUACAGCGCACAGCGGUGAUAAUGCUAUUGGUAAAACAUCAGAGGAAGUCUUGAAAAAUGAAUUAGAAGAACGUAAAAAAGAAGCAUUAGAAAAAGCAUUGUAUUCUGAUUUUUCAAAUGAAAAAAUGGAUGUUUUGAAGGUAAUACCUAACGAUGCCAGUGAAAUAAAUAUCAAUAAUUCGGUAAUUAAAUUCCCGCUUAAAACAUUUGUUGAUGAAAAACCAAAAGAUAAAGGAGAGGAGUUUGUAAAAAAUAGAUCUGAUGUUUUAAAAAAUUUAGUAAGAAAUACAGUUACUCGAAAUAAUGUCAAUAGUGGAUUAAACACUAUUCAGACUAAUGAUGGAUUUUUAAAUGCAGGAGAAAACAGUACUAAGCUUCAAAUUCAAGAUGCAGUUGCGUAUAUUGAACCCAGUGGUAAAUUACAGAUGGAGAGUGAAGGAAUUGACACUUCACACUGGAAAUCGAAGCAUAAUCAAGGAGAAAGGCCAGAUAUACCUAAUGGUGAGUUAUACUAUGAAACAGAAAUAAAAGAUGCAGAUUUGAUAUUGCCCAGCCCAACCAAUAAAACACCAAGUAAAUUCCUUUCAAAUGCUAAUGAACAGCUUGACACAAAUUAUAUUGAUGAGUUACACAUUAAAAAGGGAACAUUACACCAGACUCCUUGGAAUGAAUUUUCUGACACAGUUAAGCCAAGACUUAAUUUGUAUCCUAACGAGGAAGAAAAAAUUAGAGAAGCUAAUAUUUUUAAGAAUGCUUUAGCUGAAGAAAAAAAGAAAGAAAAACUUGACUCAAUUCGAAUUUUUUCGUUUACUAAUCCUAACGGCGAUAAGCAUAUUACGACUGUACCACAAUAUGGAAUAACAGAAACAUUUGAGGAAAAUGAAGGAAUGAAAAGACUUUCAAAUAUUGAUCCUGAUAAGAAUAUUGCUAUAAGUGAAACACCUACAGAAAGUCAAAAAGAACCAAUGAUUAAUUCUUUGGAGAAUGUAUCUGAAGAUCAAAUUAUGAACACUUAUAUAGAAAAUACUAUAGCAGAAGGAAGAACUAAGAAUAAAGCUGGAAGGUUUGUAAGUCCAACUAAUGGAUUUACUAAUGAAGAAGAUGCUAAAAAAGCUGAAUUGUUACAGGUUGAAAGAUUUGAUAUCACUAAGCAUUUUAUUCGUGAUGGUUCAGAAGCAAGCAGAGUUAAGAAUGAUUUGAUUUCUAAAACAUUCGCAUAUUCAAAGGCAUUAGGAAUGGAAAAGGAAGAUUAUAUAAAUUUAAUCAAACGAAUUCCUGAUUCUGUAAUUUAUAAAAUGAACGAAUAUAACUCAGAUCCAAAUAAAAAACCAACAGAAAUUCUUGAUACAGAUUUCUCAAAAUCCUUGAAACAAGUUUCAUCUAAUGAUAUUUCUACGUCUAAUUUGAUUAAUUAUAUAUUUAAUAGUAUUUCUAAAGUUACUGGUAAGCCGAAUAAUACUUCGGCUGUUAUUUUGGAAAAACAUAUAGUUCCAAAUCUUAAAGCAGUUGAGAAUACGAAUACAUUAAGAGUACCAAACAGGACAACACAGAUACAGACAAUAGAACCACCAAAACCCGGUUCAACAGUAAUUAAUGAAAUUGUUACAAACGGUCCACCCAAUAUUGCUACUGGUCCAAAUUCAAGCUAUCAAUAUCCUAAUCCCAUUGGGCCACCAAUAAGAUUUGUUGAUAACCAAGUAAGAAAUCCAGGGCCAAAUCCUUUAACAUCGGGACAGGUCCCUUUUAACCAAACAACAAGAGCUUCUUUUAAUACAAAUAAUCCAGCUGGAAACGCUUUCGGAUCUCCUUCUCCAGGAAUAAAUUUACCUAACCAGCCAAGACCAGCCGGAGCAGGAGCUAAUGCCCCCAAUACACCACAAAGAAGAUUAGGUAUCGCUUCAUCUCCUCAAAGGUAA